CCCAACAACACGGGCGGCGCUGAGCGCGAGUCUCGCUCUGAUUGGCUCCUGCGCGCCCGGGCCCGAGCUCUGAUUGGGCCGCGCGAGAGCGAAGCAGGUUCCCGGGAGAGCUGGGCGCGCGGGCCUGGCGAUGAGUAAACUCCGGGCAGCAGCUCGCAGCGGGCGGGGACUCCGGCAGGGUGCAGGGGAAGUGAGGAAAUCCCCAAGGAGGUGCAGGGAGAAUGUAUCAUCCCAUAAAGGUAUGCUUCCUCCAGUGUCUGCAUACCAUCUCUUCAGCCACCUGGCAGAAAUCGAGGCCUUUCGGAAGAAUUUGCUUGCCUGGUAUGAUAAAUGCAAGCGUGACCUUCCCUGGAGGAAAUUGGCUGCAAGCGAAUCAGAUACUAACAGAAGAGCGUAUGCAGUGUGGGUGUCGGAGAUCAUGCUCCAGCAGACGCAGGUGGCUAUGGUGAUUGACUAUUACAACAGGUGGAUGCAGAAAUGGCCGACGCUGCAGGCACUUGCCAAAGCUUCCCUGGAGGACGUGAAUGAGCUGUGGGCAGGACUUGGCUACUACUCUCGAGGGAAGCGGCUGCAGGAAGCCGCACAGAAGGUGGUUUCCGAGCUGGCAGGUCAGAUGCCCGCGACGGCCGAGGAGCUGCAGAGGCUGCUGCCAGGAGUGGGGAGAUACACAGCGGGAGCCAUCGCCUCCAUCUCCUACGGGCAGGCGACGGGAGUGGUGGACGGGAACGUGAUCCGAGUCCUGUGCCGAGUCCGAUGCAUCGGCGCCGAGUCCAGCAGCCCGGCUGUCACCGACAGACUCUGGGAUUUGGCCAAUGCUCUGGUCGAUCCAGCCCGGCCAGGGGACUUUAACCAAGCCAUGAUGGAGCUGGGAGCUACCGUGUGCACCCCCAGGGCCCCGCUGUGCAUGGAGUGUCCUGUGAAGCCCCACUGUAGGGCGCGUUGCCGGGUGGAGAAGGAGCUGGAAUUCGCCUCCAAGAGGCUGCUGGGAAAAGCCGCCUCCAGUUGCUCCCAGGCACCUGACAUCGAGGAGUGUGCCGCCGCCACCGCAGGGAGCUGCUCCUUGUGCCCCCCUGCCACGGAGCCCUGGGACAGCAGCCUCGGCGUGGCCAACUUCCCCAGGAGAGCCGCCAAGAAGCAGCCCCGGGCGGAGCGGACUGCCACGUGUGUGCUGGAGAGGAGAGGCCCCCGGGGAGAACCAGAGUACCUGAUCGUGCAGAGACCCAGCUCCGGCUUGCUGGCGGGGCUCUGGGAGUUUCCCAGCCUGGCCUUGGGGCCAGGGCUGAAGGAGAAGGAGAAGCAGCAGAGGGAGGCGCUGUUGGCUCAUGUUCAGGCCUGGGCAGGAGAAGCCGUGGCCAGAGGACGCCUGCGGCAUGUCGGAGAGGUUGGCCACGUCUUCUCCCACAUUCACCAGACGUACGUGGUCUAUUCGCUGCUCCUGGGCGGGGACCCCGAGGCAGCCUCGGGCGGGCGGGACGAGGAGCUGGAGCGGCCAGCGUUCCGGUGGGUGACGCAGGCCGAGUUCCAGAAAUCGGCCGUCUCCACUGCUAUGAAGAAGGUCUGGAAGGCGUGCGAGCGGCAGAGCUGCGAAGAGAGGGGGCCUGGCCAGGGCUGCAAGCGGAAACGGGGCACCGAUCCCUCGCGCGCUGGCCAGCAGAAACGGGGCGCUGAUCCCUCGCGCGCCGGCCAGCGGAAGGUGGAAGCAGACGGCAGCCUUCCCCCGAGGCAGCUCUCCCUCGACGCCUUUCUCAAGGCCCCCGCUGGGGAAUGACCGCGGCCUCCUGCUCCGACCGGACCCGCUCGGACCGCACCCAACGCAUUGCCCAUCUCCUCCCAGCAGCCUCGUCCCGCUGCUCCUGGAACACGGAGGAUCCUGAGACCCAGCGGACCCGGAGGGUGACGUCGGACGCUGUGUUAGGCCGCGGGGCGGUUUGCUGCUGGCCCUGCCUUGUACGCCGGCUCCUUUUCCGCCUGCUUUUAGUCACUCACAGCUGAGGUUUUAAUAAAUCUGAACUUUUUCUACAAGCUUUUAAAAGUGGAUUUUGGCUCCAUUUCAUUGUAGCCACCUGAAAACACGCUCCGGCCGCGCCGCGAAAGGGGAUGCGAAUGGCACGAAGGGCCUGGCCCCAGCUGCCAGGCAGAGGUCACUGGGCAACCGCUGGAGCUAUGGUGCAGGACAUGUGGCAUCUGCUGUGAGCAGUGGGGAAGGAGCUUUGUGUGCCCUGAGUGCCACACGAUCACCCAGCGGCUCCAUCCCACCUAUGGGCAGCCUGCCUGGUGUGGAGCGGAUCAGCAAAAACCGACCUGCGGUGGCACCCACUGGCAAACGGCAGAACUGCAGGAAUUCUCUGCUGAACGCAUUUAACUCAAACCGGGCAACGUUUUGGGGCCAAAUGGUUUCCUCACCAAAAAAAGCCGUGUGGGUCGACCUGAUCUGCUUUGGAAGUGGGUCAAGCUGAAUCAGCGUAUCCAGGCAGAGAGCUAGGCCUUAGUCCAGUCAAUUUCCCGUCUAGACAAGUCCCUCAGUGAAAACCCCCAGUCCCCCUCCCUGGGGGCUGUUAACAUGAGCACCUCUGCUGGUCCGCUGUGGGGGUGUAGCAGAGGUGGACUGGGUGGGAGCUGGGACUGACAUCAAAGAGAUCUGCAUAGGGCACCAGCAGCACCCCUGGGGACCCCCAGAAACGAACUCGGUGCUCAGACGCAGUGUGAACUCCGUGGCAAUCCCUGCCAAGCCGGCGGGCCGCCCUCUCCCAUGCUAGCCCCAGGGUGUCCUUCAGCCGCAGCCCCUCGGUGGCGCAUUGCAGGGCCCUGCGGUGGGGCUGAGCAGCGCAGACCUGGCUCUUUGCAGAAGCAACAGGACACGGAUCAGGAAAAUCAGUUCUCAGUU